UCCAAAUAUUCACUAUAAUUUCUAGUUUCAACAGUUAUUUUUAUCCUUAAUUUUCCCUUAUUUGAUCUGUACUCUCUUCAUUACACACUAACUUCCUAUUUAUAGCCCUUCGCCAUCAUAUAUUUCGGGUUUGCUUCUUCCCAAACAGUGCGGUUUUAAUGUUCGAAUCAAUCUGUGGAUCCAUCAGGGGAAAAAAACACAAGUUCCUUUCACCAUUUCUUAUGGCAGACAGAAGAAACCUUAAUCAAAUCGCAUCGUGUUAGAAUGACUUAUUCUGUUAACUUUUGUUGAGGCAUUUGAUUCUCAUUGAAGCAACCAGAAUCUUGUUACUGUAUCCCUUGCUCUUAAUGGAAAUGUGAAAGCUGGUAAUUUUUUAAUUAGUUCUAUCCUUAGAAGUCUGCAAUGGCAAAGAAUGAAGCUGAAAAUCCAUUACUAGAACAAGCUGCAGAAUCUUCACACCCGUCUAGUCGAAGCAAUCCCUUAAUGAAGAGAAGAUACCGCUCCAGCAAGACCGUUCCCGACCAAGCCUGCCCUGCAGAGCAAAGCCACUCUGCUUCACUUCAGCAUCCGAACGCAAUCGCUGAGAACAAGGUGGACGUAAAGCUAGUCCUAAUGAUCUUGUUGUCAUACAUCACCGCAGGAGCCCUCUGCUUCUUCCUAGUCAGGUAUCAGAUCAAGGGAAACAAGACUAAUGGAGUUAUUGAUUCCAUCUAUCUGUGCAUUGUCACCAUGACAACUGUCGGAUACGGAGACCUUGUUCCUGACAGCACCAUGUCAAAGAUGCUCGCUUGCAUCUUCGUGUUUGUGGGGAUGGCACUCGUUGGACUCCUCCUCAGCAAGGCGGUCGAUGACAUAGUUGAGAAUCAGGAGAUUUUCUUAGUCAGGGUGAUGCACUUGCGCGACAAAUGUGAUACCAUUGAGAUGCUCAAGGAAGUUGAGACCAACAAGGUCAAGUACAAGUUCCUAACACUCCUCUUUUCACUCGUGAUGUUCAUGGCCGCUGGAACGCUGUUCUUGUAUCAGAAAGAGGGGUUGUAUUUCUUUGACGCGGUCUAUUGUGUCUGCUCCACCAUCACCACUCUCGGAUAUGGAGACAAGAGCUUCUCCACGCCUGAGGGCCGUGUAUUUGCUUCCUUUUGGAUACUGAUGAGCACCAUUUGCUUGGCUCAGUUCUUUUAUUCUUUGGCUGAAUUGUAUACUGAACGUCGUAGGAAGUUGCUGGUGAAAUGGGUGAUGAAUAGGAAGAUAACGGCUUCUGAUCUCGAGGCAGCAGAUUUGGAUCAUGACAAAGCUGUGAGCGCGGCGGAAUUUGUGGUCUAUAAACUCAAGGAAAUGGGGAAGAUCCGGGAGGAAGACGUUGCGGUGGUGAUGGAAUGGUUUAAAGUUCUUGAUGUUGAUCACUCGGGGACACUUACGCAAACUGACUUACGGAACGCUGGAGCAUCCACUUCUUAGGAGCCCAACAUUGUUAGACACACACAUACAUAAUUUUGUUUGAUCAUUGCUUCUUCUUAUAUGGUUUUAGAUGGUUUUUGUCCAAGAAUGAUUUGAGUAUAGAAGGCUCGAGGCCAAAAAGAGUGUUGUAUAAAGGAUUUAACAAGUUAAUAAGUAUGUAUGUUACCUUAAUUA